UAACCUAAAUUAUCGUGCGCGCUACUUGGUCGGAGACACGCUACACGAUAGGUGUAGUUGGUUCAGAUUCUUAUCAUUGCAAGGUUUUACGUCAUCUCGACGAAGCGAUUACUUGGAUUACAUUUUACGGUGUCUGCUUUCGUCGUGAAGAAAUAAUCGUAAAAAUAUUGCAGAGAGAGUUUAUGGUGAGAUUCGCGAGGACACUCGACAAUGACGAACAGCUGGCGAGGCACGAAUGUGCCAGCAAGUUCGAAGGAUCUGGAACAUAACGAGUUUAUGAAACGUAUAAGAAAGUCAUUAUAUUACUCCAAGUUGCCAGUGAUUAACUGCUUGAGUUUACCGGUUACAGAAUUGGCAGCCGAACUUUUUACGGAGGUAAAGAGUGGCCAUACGUUGGAAAAACUUGAUGUCGAGGAGGCAAGCAGGAUAUCUAGAAAUGCGUGUGUUUCCCCUUGCUCGCUUGUGUUGGCCUUGCUAUAUAUUGAGAGAUUAAAGAACUGCAAUCCGGAAUAUCUUCAUCAAGUAGCGCCUUCCGAGCUAUUCUUGGUUUCUUUGAUGGUGGCCAGUAAAUUUCUGCACGAUGAUGGUGAAGAAGAUGAGGUUUUCAACAAGGAGUGGGCAAAUUCAGGACAAGUGACUAUAUCUCGAAUGAAUAAAUUGGAAAAGGAUUUUCUUGCUGCAAUCGACUGGACGGUAUUGGUGCAGCACCAAGAUUUUUGGGAAAGGUUGCAACAAUUGGAAAAAAACGUGGCGUAUCGAGAAGUGCACAAGCGAAGAUGGUGCACGUAUACAGAAUUGAGCUGUCUGAUGAAUUCCGUUCAAUUGAUUAGAAUCGCACAAACCCUAAUAAGUGUCUCUUCGAUCUGCCUGGCGACUUACGCCGCCGGAUUGGCGACUCUCCUGGGAUCCACUCUGGUCGCCAAUUUUAUCGUGCAAAGUUGCUUACCCACGGCAUCGUCUAGUUCGCGGCAACCGACGAAUCUGUCCAUGAAUCUCGCAACGGAUCGUAAUCUCAUAUCAACCGACCUACCUGAUUCGUUGAUAAAUACGCGAUCCCAGGAGAUCAACGACGACGGUCUUCCGAUUUCCGGUUCCGAGAACGUUGUCGGUUAUUCUGCAACCGCGGAAAUCGACAAUGACGACGAAGAUACAGGCAGUUGGAAAUGGUGGCUAAACUCGACAAUGACUUGGCUGCCCGAGUACUGUAACUUAGAGAGCAACGUCGAGGUUGUAAAUUCUACCAACAAAUUAUGCGUUACCAAUGUCGACUUCUCGUUCAAUGCAACGCAAGCUAUGGACAUAAAAAAGAUGGAGAAAACAGGGAAAAGGGAGGAUUUCGCUCCGGAGGACUAUCGCCGCAACGUAAAUUGGAAGGAAAUACUGGAUACAACCUUAAACUGGCUGGUAGAACAAAACCGGAAACGAUCGCAUUACGAAAGUGUUUUUCAAUCACCUGAAUUACAAAUUUAUUAGCUUGCUGAUAAAAACUUGCCUGUUACACAACCUUUUUUUCAGAGGAUAUAUAUUUACAUAUAAACAAACCUAUAUUUUUUGUACUAACUUUUUGCAAUGUAACGUUCGAUACUAACAAAUCUGAUUUUCUCAAUAAAUAUCUGAUGUCGCAUGCUA